AUGGCAUCAGCAGCUCAAGUCAAAUCGGCUGGUCAUCCAAGAUGCCUUUUAAUCGGUGGUGGCAUUACAGCAUCUUUAAUUUCAUACUUCCUACAUAAAAUUUGCCCAUCAAUGCCUAUUGAAGUAUGGGAAAAGGAUGCAACGGUUGGAGGCAGAAUGAUGACCUUUCGUAGUGAAAGCACUCAGUGCACUGCGGAUGUUGGAGCUCAAUAUAUUACAACCGUUCCUACCGAGCAUAACUCGUCUCAAAAAAUCUAUUCUGCUUUAAUCGACGCAGGGAUUUUAAUUCCAUUGACGAAGACCAUCGUAGGUGACCGUAAACAACACAAUGCUAUCAAUUAUGUUGCUGCAAAAGGAAUGUCGAGCAUUGUAGAGCAUUUUCUUACAAAUUCAGGAACAAAAACCUUUUGUAAUCGCCAUGUUAAACGAGUACGACCAGCCUCUCAUACCAUUGAAGUGCACUAUAAUGAAGGAAUUAGUGACAACUUUGAAAUUGUUGUAUUUACGAUACCACUUCCCGAAGUAUAUAAAAUAUAUGAAAAGGCUGAAACAUUACUCCAAAAUAAAAUAGAAUAUUCAAGCAGAUAUGCUCUAGCAGCGUUUUAUAAAAACCAAAACUUAAACGAUCAAUUUAACUGGUGCGCAAAGUAUAUUAACACCAACCCAUGUAUAAGAUUUAUAUGCCUGGACACGAAGAAAAGAGAAUCUACAGUGUCUGGUACCUCCAUUGUAGUUCAUACCAGUGUCAGCUUUAGUAAAAUGAACCAAAGCACCGAUCCUACUGCAGUAAAAGACAAAAUACUGACAAAUCUCAAUGGCCUAAUGCCUGGUUUGCCGCCUGCAGAUGAUUCGACACUAGUAAACUGGGAAUAUUCACAAGUAAUACAAGCGUAUGACUGCAAUGGAGCUUUCAUUCUUAAUGAAUUUCCUUUACUAAUUGCUGGCGGUGACUCAUUUGCAAUGUCUAAAUUUGAUGGAUGCUUAAACUCUGCUUCAGUUUUAUCAAAGAUCAUUUCAGAUUCUGUGCAAUCUGUUAGUGCAAAUAUCUAA